AUGACAUCCAUCAACUCCAAAGUCGAAGCCGUGAAGACGGCAGUGUCGUCGGCGACGACUUGCACGUCGGCAACCACAGUCAUAUUACGCGAACUUCUCAUAUCGGAGAUAGAUUUGACACCCACAACGAGUACCACAACGAAGCCGAUCUCGAAACGCGUGCCGACAACUUCUAGAACGCGGACAAAGGCCGCCGAAUCCACCAAGAUUGAGAGUCAGACCGGCGGGAAGAACGCCGGAUUGUCCGCGAAGGACAAAGAGGUAUUGGCGACGCAUGUAAUAAAUGCUUCACUCAAGGCCUUGACCGAGGCUGCGAAGGCUUCGCCGCCACCACAAACGCCUCGGAAGCGGACGGAACCAGGGCCGACCCCGAGACGGACGCCGAGCGGAACCCUACGGAGAUCUCUGUCAACACCACUUUCACCCCUACAGCCUCGAACCCUAAACCGAACUGCCACCACAAUAGAACCGCCCUUGUCUAAACCUUCGAGAUGCCCUACUAGUUCUGCGAAUGGAGCCUGCUUUGCCUUGGUUGAGUGCGCGAGAGUAGCUUUCCAGUGCCUUAGAUCGUUGAACGGCCCGGAAGCUUCAUCUCAAAAGAGUAUGCAACUGGAGAUGGGCAUAUCUGCAUUUGUUGGGAAGCUGCUUGCUUUGGGUUUCCAGGACCACGCGUUAAGAGAGUUGCGGAUCCUGAAGAAGCGACUUGAGGAGCGCGCUCUUGCUGGGAACCCCAAGAAGGGAACUAAGACGGCGGCGGCAACGGAGGCUUCAGUUAGCAAUGCCCGAGUAUUAUCAGACCUUUUGGAUUUUAAGGAGUCUGCCAUAUCUUCGUCGACACGCGCAUUAGUUAUCUCGACCCAAUUAUACGUUCUUCGACUUAUGAUGCUUUCGAAAAAGCCCGAGCAAAUCGAAGCAGCGGCCCCAUUCCUUCGCGAAUCGAACAAGACCUCUCCCUUGAACCUAUUACUCGAAUCAUUACGCGAUGACCCCAAGGAUAUCACAAAGGUCGCGCGUCAAGUCGAAUCUCUGGCGAGUAUCGUUCUCUCACUUACACCGAGCCCUUCAAACCGCGAGGAUGCAGAAGCCAUGGAGCCGCGACUUCAUCCGUCUCCUUCGUGUGUGUUCGAGCUGCAGGCCCUUUUCUUGAAAGCCAAAAUGCAUCUUUGGAAGAUAUCGAGGCGUACAGGAGACAUCGACAAGGAAAUCCUGACUCCAUUCUCCCGAUACCUUGCCGCCUUUGGCCGACGCCUGAGACAUGUCUCGCCCGAUUUCUACGAACUCUGCCUAGAAACGUUCCUUGGCCUGCAAGAGAUGAUUAAAGACCAGGGCCUCACCUGGUCUGAGACAUCAAAAUCUCCAGUCGCUACAGUCUAUCAGAGUCUAGGCACAUCCGCUAUUUCCCUCAAGCGGGUGGCUGAAGCGAAGAACUGGGUGGAGAAGCUAUACAGCUUCCUUGACACUGAGAAGGACUCUGCCGCCAGGCGAUGCUCUAUUGCGGCCCAGCUUCUAGGGUUGUGCCUGAAAUGUAAACUUGACGAACCAAAGGUGACAAACCUCCUCGCGGAGACAAUCGAGGGGAUGCAAGGCACCUUGAGAGGGGAGAGCGCCGAGUUGGAUCAGCUACUCGUCGACCUAUCACUAGCCCGCAGGUCUGCAGUCGGUCUUCUGAUGAGUGCUUCCGAGAAAAAAUCAAAACUUUCAUCCGCUCUUACCGAACUCCUACAAUCAUUCAUAAUCCAGUAUCCCCGAUUUACGAUACGAUGGCUCGGAAAGCCCCCAUCUCGCGAUGCCGGCGCCACUGGCAAAGAUUUUCUUCGGUUCGAAUCCAGGAGACAGGCCGUCCAGGGUACUCUAGGCCAGGUUCUCGACUCUGCCCUUGUCGUCACCAAGAGUCUACUCAGUUCCGGCAAGGUAGAUUGGACCAAACCUGAUGCUGUUUUGCAAGAUUGCCUAGAUCUGCUUGACAGAAUGGGUGACUUGAAGGGAUCACUUAACGGAAGCAACGGCAACACGUAUCACGUCAAAAUUUCGAACCUGUAUUACAUGAAAUAUGCUUUGAUGCGACAGAACCCCGAGAAUGCGAACGACCUAACCGCAUUGAGAGCUCUUCGCCGCUCUCUGGAUGCUGUUCGAAAUCGAAGUCCGAAGGAGAAGGAGGCGGCCCAGUUUGUAGCCAAGCUUGAGCGCUUCGCGGACAUUUGCACGAAGUUUAGGCGAAUCGAAGAGGCGAGAGAGUCACUACAGUCCAUCUGCACCACAAUGGUCGAGGAAGGCGUGCUAUCAAAUGUUGCCUCGCUCCUCAACGACCAGCCUCCAUCCGUCGCAUGGUCUACAGACGAGAAGACCGAGCUGCUCUCUCGGACACUUUGUUCGAUUUCCAAGCUCGACAAGUCGUGGAACGACUGGACGUUCUUCAUGCCUGAAGUCGAACGCGCCGCAGUCUUGGAGCAUCUGGUGCAUAUUAUUGCAUCCGGAGAGAACACCAAGACCAAGGAGCUGCUCAAGUUAACCGACCCCCCGGCGGACUCACUCCUACGGAUUUACUCUCUUGAGAAGUUCCCGAUCCGCCGGCUGAGGACGCUCCUUUAUCUCUAUUCGAUGCACAUCGCCAACUCCGAUUAUUCUUCCUCGAUCCGAAGCCACAUUGACGCCGCAGUCAGAGCCGCAUCCUCCAAAUCCCUUGGUGAGGAUGGUGGUUUAACUCGGUACCUCCCCCACCUCACUGCUUAUCUAUCAUCCGUAACUUCUCUCACGCACUGGACCCCGAAUAAUGCCAAUCUUCAGGCCGCCAUCUCCCACUGGCGCGGCGUAGUUGACAGUUCAAAGUCAAAGGAGGAUGUCCUCAGCCGUAUCGACGAUGUUGCCACUCUCACAACCCAUCUCAAGGCCGUAGCCGAUCUUGCCAGCAUGAAGGGAGAGGGCACAUUAGUAGUUGCUCUCUUAGAGCUACUGGCCGACUUGGCGAAGAAACUAGAGGAGUCUUUCCUAGACGACGUAGUCUCAAACUACAGCCUGUUGGCUACACAAUACGCGAGCCUUGGGUACACCGACAAGGCGGAGGCAAUCAUCGAGUCAACGAAAGAGAUCGCCGAACAGACAGACAAGCUAUCUGGAGCAACCCUGGCUGAUUUCCAUCUUUCAGUUGCGGACUACUGCAUUACUACUGGAAGCUUCGAUCAGGCAGAACUUCGCCUAGCCGAAGCCAAGCAGGCAUUCACCUCUCUUGUUACGAACCAAACAUCUAGGUCCCGGGGGUCGUCGUUGAUGGCUAUGGCCAACCUCCUCUACUCGAUCGUCGCCCUGGAGAAAGGAGAGACUCAAUCAGCUCUCACUUAUGCCAAGGAUAGCGUGAAGAUUAUGUUCCACGACUGGACCAAGUACGAGAAGAAGGACAAGACUAUGAUGGGAUCGGACGCCAACCAUAGCGCGCUCGGGGAUAGCCUAGGUCCUGGAGUAGGCAGCCUUGAAACCGCCACGCUUUCUCGUGUCGUGCAGGGCUCCGACUUCUGGGCGCUUGCUUCACCCUUAAUCCGGGCGCUCCACCGACUCUCGUCCCUCUACGCACACAUGGGCAUGUUCCAGGACACUUUGUACUAUGCUGAACAAGCCUACAAGGUUGCUGAGAGCUCUGGGUCCGCAUUCUAUAUUGCCCAAUCUGCGAUGUGGAGUGGCUCCGUCUGGAUUAAGGGAGGAAAGCCGGAGAAGGGUCUCGACUAUGUGGCUAAUGCCCGUGCUUUCAUCACGGAGAACCCCCAUAUAUCCCAAUCCGUGACAUUAGCUUGUCACCUCAGCGAGUUGUACCGCAUGAUUGGCGACUCCGAAUCUGAGGAAGAAAUGCUCCAGUUUGCGGAAUCCAAUGUCCACCAUGCCGGUGCAACGAUCAAACCUCAGCUCGACGAUGAGAUCGCAAACGAGAUGGAGAAGCUUAGCCUCACCGCGAACAAGACGAGAACAACGCGGGGCACGCGAGCCAGGGCUCCAACAGUGAAGAAGACGAUGGCGAAGACGACAACUGCGACGAAGAGAGCGCCAGCAAGGGGCAAAGCUGCUACCGCAUCGAAGCCGGCGCCAGUUGAGGACGAUGCCCACAUCUCCCUCAAGAAGGCAUCGAUCCUGCUCUAUAGAGCUCUUGGAUACAUACAUCAAAAGGAUUGGGCCUCCGCUGUAGCGGUGCUUGAAGGGAUUAAGGGGCGCCUCAGGGGCCUAGAAGAUGUCUCCCGUGAGCAAAUGAUUCGGGCGGCCUGCCUUGUCGGCCAGAGCCUCGAUGAUAUGAUUCAUGACCCUGUGUUCUCUGUUGUACAGGACUCCACGAUCUCCUUCCCCUCCGUGUCUCUAGUCAAACGAGCGGACAAUGACAAAGCGACCCCGGCUAAGCCUGCACCUGUGCGGAAGGGUGCCAAGGCGCGUGCGACCACUAACUUCGUGGAUGCGCUCAAAGAAGCGCAGGAUUACCUUUUGGAAGCUAACUCGGCGGCCGUCGUACGCGGAGAUGGCGGGUUUCUCCAUCGCAUCUCUUCCCUCUUGCAGAGCACAGUCAUCUUCCUCUCGGCCACGACUUCGAAGCCAAAUCUCAUUGGACAUCCUGGGUACGCGACAUGCGCAGUAGAGCUUGCGAGAAACGUUACCUGGAGAAGAGAGCGGAAGGCGCAGCAGGUUACCGGCUCCGCUGCUAAGAUAGAAUGGCCCGCAUCACUUCCCACUAUGGACCCCAGCCGGUCGAGCCUUGGAGUUACUACUGAUAUCUCGAGGUUCCAGCGAGACUACAUCGAUAUUAUACCGAGUAGCUGGACGGUAGUCUCGAUAUCACCUAGCGAUAACCGAGAGGAUUUGUGCAUCACGAGGCUGCAGGCAGGUCAUACUCCAUUUGUGCUCCGCCUGCCGCUUGAGCGAGCCAAUUCGAGAGAUGCCGAUACUGAAGUCUUCAAUUUCCAUCACGGACUUGAGGAGUUGCAGGAGCUCAUCAAGCUGGCGAACAAGAACUCUCACGAUGCAAGAGAUAUGACAAUCAAGGGUGCCAAAGCAGCGUGGUGGGAGGAGCGAGAGAUGCUCGACGACCGGUUCAAGAUGCUACUCGAUAACAUCGAGUCGGUCUGGCUCGGCGGCUUCAAGGGCGUAUUCUCUCAGCACAAGAGAAGGACAGACCUCCUUGCGAGAUUCCAAAAAUCCUUCCAGAAUAUGCUCGAUAAGUAUCUGCCCUCUCGGCGACGGAUUCGGGGCAAGCGUUCUACCAAGACUCCUAAGAUCACCUUUGACCCUCGAAUCUUGGAGCUGUUUAUUGGACUUGGACACCCGACACCUGACGACCUCGAUUACGAAGAAGCUCUUACGGACCUGCUGUACUUUACGAUUGAUAUCUUACAGUUCCACGGCGAGCAGAAUGCCUACGAUGAGAUUGACUUUGACUCGUUGGUCGUCGAGACCAUGGAUGCGAUUUCGGCGUAUCAUCAGGCUGUCAGUGCCGAGGGGGAAACUGAAGAGAAUGCCCAUACGAUUCUAGUUCUAGAUAAGUCUCUUCAUGGGUUCCCUUGGGAAUCCCUUCCCUGCAUGCAAGGGGCUGCCGUCUCUCGCGUGCCUUCCUUGGCUUGCCUGAGGCGAUUGAUUCUCGAGCAACGAUCGUUAAACCCCGCUGAGAUGGACUUUGACUCCGAGAGUCCAUCUGCCGAGAACGACUCACGGCCAGGCCAUCACGUAUCGCCAACCUCCGGAACAUACAUUCUCAACCCUGCCGGUGAUCUCGGCAACACCCUCUCAGCAUUCCAGAAGCCCCUGGAAGAUCUCGGCGAGGCCUGGUCCGGCAUCGUGAGCCGCUCCCCCACCGAACCCGAGUUCGAGCGCGCCCUCACCGAGUCAGACAUCAUGCUGUACUUCGGUCACGGCAGCGGUGCUCAAUACAUUAGGGGCAAGACAAUCCGACGCAUGCAGAAGUGCCGUGCUACGGUCCUCCUCAUGGGUUGUAGCUCGGCGAGCCUGGAGGCAGCGGGCGAGUUUGAGUGUCACGGGACCGUGUGGAAUUAUAUGCUCUCAGGUUGCCCGGCCGUCGUCGGCGCUCUGUGGGACGUCACGGAUCGAGAGGCGGAUCGAUUUGCUGGGAAAGUCCUCGAAGAGUGGGGACUAAUGAAGAGGGGGACGUUUAAGGAGGACAAGAAGGGUAAGGGCAGGGCUCUGGAGUCUAAUGACGAUGACGAUGAUGAGGAGUCGGGAGAAGGGUGCUCGCUUGUGGAAGCUGUUGCGAGGGCGAGGGGGGCUUGCCGAUUCAAGUAUCUUACGUCGGCGGCGAUGUGUGUUUAUGGCAUUCCUGUGUAUAUCAACAGGGAAGACUGA